AUGACUGCAAAUGACUACUGCGGCAUGCCUCAUGGUAUGCCCGCGGAGACUACAGCUUCCAUCUGCGAGGUGAUCUUCGGCGGACUCCUAGAGAGGUUCCCGAGGCUCAAGCUCUGCUUCGCCCACGGCGCUGGCUCUUUUCCUUACACCGUGGGGAGAAUACAGCAUGGCUUCGACGUGAGACCUGACCUUUGUGCUGUGGACAACAAAGCUGCCCCGAAAAGUUACCUGGGCGAGAUAUACGCCGAUUCGCUGGUGCACGGCCACGGCGCUCUAAAGCUCCUACUGGAUACACUCGGAGAGGAUCGAGUGAUGCUGGGCAGCGACUACCCGUACCCGCUGGGGGAAAUAGAGCGACCCGGAAGACUGAUUGAAACCAGCGGCUUUCAAGAUUCGGUCAAGGAGAAGCUGCUGUGGAAGAACGCCGCAAGCUUUCUUGGAAUCGAAAUGACCCCGGAAGGAGUCAGAACCCGGACGUAGGGGUACGCUUAUUGUCGAAGCCGUCCUCAAUAAAGUUGUAGCUAUGCA